CUUACCGUCUUUGCCCUUCCACCACUAGUAGUGGGGAGCACUGCAAAGCGUAGCUUAUACCAGUAGCAGUAGGAAGAAGGCGCCAUGGCCAGGCACAAGAGCUCGCCGCCGGCGAUCCGCCGCCGCGGGGUCGGCAUGCUCCGGUGGGCGGUGCGCGUCGCCUCGAGCAUCGUGCUCUGGACGGCCCUCCUCCAUUUAUCCAGCCUCCUCGGCCUCCCCCGCCCGCCGCUCCUCGCCGCCCGGCCCUCCUGCCUAGGCGGCGGCGGCGGCAGCAACUCCAGCGCCUCCUCUGCUGUAACCGUCGCUGCCGCCGACGAGGUCGGGCGCCUCGCGCCCCCGGCUGUGCCUCGCAGGAGGGUUUAUAAGAGUAAUGGUUAUCUUCUUAUUUCAUGCAAUGGUGGUCUGAACCAAAUGCGAGCUGCGAUAUGUGACAUGGUAACUGUAGCACGCUAUAUGAACCUGACUAUGGUGGUACCUGAACUUGAUAAGCAGUCCUUCUGGGCUGAUCCUAGUGAUUUUGGAGAUAUUUUUGAUGUAAACCACUUCAUCAAUUCUUUACAAGAUGAAGUAAAGAUCAUCAGGGAACUGCCACAGAAAUUCAGCAGGAAAGUUCCAUUCUCAAUGCAGCCAAUCAGCUGGUCUAGCGAGAAGUACUAUUUGAGACAGAUCUUGCCUCUAGUACGGAAGCAUAAGGUGGUACGUUUUAGCAGGACAGAUUCUCGCCUUGCAAAUAAUGGCCUUCCUUUAAAGCUCCAAAAGCUUCGUUGCCGUGUUAACUACAAUGCACUACAAUUUGCACCAUCAAUUGAGGCUCUUGGCAAAAAGAUGAUAUCAGCUCUUAGGAAAACUGGAUCUUUUAUUGUGCUUCAUCUGAGAUACGAGAUGGAUAUGCUUGCAUUCUCUGGUUGUACACAUGGAUGUUCUGACGAAGAAACAGCAGAGCUCACGAGAAUGAGGUAUGCGUACCCUUGGUGGAAAGAAAAAGAAAUAGAUUCUGAAAAGAAAAGGCUCGAAGGAUUAUGCCCCCUAACACCCGGAGAAACAACAUUAGUACUCAAAGCUCUUGGUUUCCCCAGGGACACUCGGAUAUAUAUUGCCUCGGGUGAAAUCUAUGGUGGUGAAAAAAGAUUAACUGAACUGAAGACAGAAUUCCCUAACAUUAUUCGGAAGGAGAUGCUUUUAUCUGCUGAUGAGUUACGCCCCUUCCAGAAGCAUUCGACUCAAAUGGCAGCCCUGGACUAUCUUGUGUCUAUUGCUAGUGAUGUUUUUAUCCCCAGUAAUGACGGAAACAUGGCUAAGGUUGUAGAAGGACAUCGCAGGUUUAUGGGCUUUCACAAAACCAUACAGCUUGAUAGGAAAAAGCUAGUUGAGCUUAUAGAUCUUCUUGAAGAUCAGGAGCUGUCCUGGGACGAAUUCUCUACUGCUGUGAAGGAGCUACACGAGGGCCGAAUGAGCGAACCCACCAGAAGGAAAGCUAUUGCCGGGCAGCCAAAGGAAGAGGACUACUUCUAUGCUAAUCCACAUGAAUGUCUUGGAGCUGCGAGAAAGCGAAGGGAGAAGCUAAAACAUACUGAGAUAUGAAAGCUGCCUGGUAGGCUGCAGGUACAUAGGAGACCAAAGUGAAUUGCGGUAAAGCAGUAUCAAUUCAAUGUCAUUCUAAUAGUCUGAUCAGCUGAUUUCAGGAAAUGCAAAACAAACUUCCUCAUUUAACUGUCAAGGCUCAUAUUUUUGCUGAGCCACACCCCAGUUAGUGUGAAUAAGUAGUAGCACUUGUCUGCCUUCGAAAGCUGAUCGUUCUGACGCAAAUCGAAGCAAACAUUCUUCUGAAGAUCCACGUGGUACGUGGAGUGGCUUAUGUCAUCCAGAAACAGAGAACUUGAAGAGCAUCAUUGGUCGUUAAUACUUGCUGAUUCUGUAUUCAUUUUCCCUGUAGGUUAGUUCCCUUUGACAUAUUAACUGUAGAUGUAAUGUUGUUCUUGAUUUUCUGUGUAGGUGGUAUAGUGUCAGAUGCCAUGUUGUGUCGGUUGUAUUUGCUGUUGAAGACUUGAAGUACGUAUUUAGUGUGGAAAAUGCAAUGUUAAACUGUUGAUGGACCUAUUGUAUUGAUGUAGACUAAUAGUAUAUACAUUGACCUGGUAAUCUCCCCAUGCAUUGCAUGAAA